AGGUAAAUAUAAUAAUAUAUUUUAGAUUACAAUAUGUAUGUAUGUCUUUAUAAGAUAGAGAUACGAUAAUGAAUGCUCACACUCUAGGAAUCAAAUUAAAUUUAUAAUAGGAAAUUCAAAAUGAAACAACUACAAUAGAGUUAAAUGAAAUAGAAGAUCCUGUUAUAUUAAGAGGAUCUGACAUGGAUUUGUUAAGCUAACCAACAGGACCAAUAUUUUUAGGAGAAUGCAAAAUUGCAUUUUAUAAGAGAAAUAGGGGAUAGAAUAUGAAUAAGAAGUUUUAGUUGAUUUGA